AUGGUUGCUGGAUACCAACGGCUGAACGAGAAGAAAUCGCAGCCAAAUCCCAACAUCGUCUUUAUUAAACCUUUAGAAGGUCCGGAUAAAAAGAUUGCUCAGGACUUUCUUGAAAGGAUAGCUGCACAAUGUCGUCCUAUCAUGAGGGAGCACCACCUCUAUGUUACUUCCCUGGAAGAAUAUGAACCAAACCGUGAAUUUGUCGGGCGAAACUUCAACGCAGGAGAAGUAGUCCAACUCGUACUAAAGUCACCCAGCACUGGUCGCUGGUUGCCAUUCAACUAUGUUCAGAUGGUCAUGAUGCACGAGCUAGCACACUGCAAACAGAUGAACCAUUCACGGGCAUUCUGGGCUGUGCGAAACUCUUAUGCUUCUGAGAUGCAUGAGCUCUGGUCUAAACGCUAUACCGGAGAUGGUCUAUGGGGAAGGGGCGCCAAGCUGGCCACAGGCGAGUGGGAGAAGAACACCGUCCUUGCUGAUGAGAUCCUUCCGGAACAUCUUUGUGGAGGCACAUACAGAUCACGGCGCAAGAGAAAAGUAAAACCACAAAUCUCUUACCAGGAAAGAAAAGAAAGGAGGAUCUUGAAAAAGUUUGGCAAAAACGGGGUUUCUCUUGGUGCAGACGAAGAGGAAAAGAUUAAGUUGGAGAGCGGCAAGAAGAUCCAGGCCAAGCCUCGCGUGGCCGGGAGCAUGAGGGGACGUGAGCUCAGAGCGGCGGCAGCACUCGCACGCUUUGACAAGCAAAAGGUUGAGCCGGAUCCUAUCAAGGACGAGGACGAGACAGAAUCUUGCAGUGAUAGCGAAUUCGACGACGAACCUGGACAGGAUUCGAAGGACGCAAUCGACGUUAAUGGAACGAAAUUAGUUGAUGGACAAGGACGGGGGAUGGUCAAAGUUUGCGAAGAUGAGGAUGCUGAUGAUCCGGGAGCGAAGGAUGAGAGUCAGGAACUUCUAGAUAUGAUCAGGGGUAUCAAGAGGGAGUCGCCAGAACCAUCAGUCUUCGAGACACCCAAAGAGCCUGAACCUAAAGCUCCAAUCAAUCGACCGCGGACGUCAUCGGUACCGUUCAUUAAGGAGGAGCCACUGGAUGAUGAAGAAGUUGAGAUUCCACCAGCACAGUCUUUUGUUAAGACGGAGUAUGGUACAAAGACACCAAAGAAAGUCUCGACUUCCACGGCAAUAACACAACCAACAGCACAAGCAAAAGCAGCAACACCGGAAAAUAACCAAAAAGCAUAUGUUGGAACAUGCUCAAUGUGUUCAUACGUCAAUCACGAUUUAGCAGUCACAUGCGCGAUGUGCGCCAAUGUGCUGGACUCUUCGAUACCGGGCUUGUGGCGAUGCUCGAGUGAUGCCUGCCAGGCCACGCAAUAUUGUAACGCUGGGGAUUGCGGAGUGUGUGGGCUGUGUGGGAAAAGACGACCCGAGGCUGUGUAG